AAAAUCCCUAACUUGCAAGCCCCUCUGCGUGUGUUUAACAGUUCCCUCUUCCAGCUCUCUGAGGAUAUUUCUCUACCAAGUUUGCUCUUUCUUCGAGUGAAAGAAAAAAAAAAGGCAGAGAGAAAUGGCAAGCACUGCUGCUGCUUCCGAUCCAGAGCACAAAACUAAAGAUAGAGAAGAAGAAGAGAACGCACCUGCUGCCGAUGACGAGGACACCGGAGCUCAAGUAGCCCCCAUCGUCAAGCUCGAAGAGGUGGCCAUCACUACCGGCGAGGAAGAUGAAGAUCCCAUCCUCGAUCUGAAAGCGAAGCUGUAUAGAUUUGAUAAGGAAGGGAACCAGUGGAAGGAGAGAGGAGUUGGUAAUGUGAAGCUGUUGAAGCAUAAGGAAUCUGGCAAGGUUCGCCUCGUCAUGCGUCAAUCUAAGACUCUCAAGAUCUGCGCUAAUCAUCUAGUUGUGCCAUCAAUCAAUGUCCAAGAGCAUCAUGGAAAUGAUAAAUCCUGCGUCUGGCAUGCUGCUGAUUUUGCUGAUGGAGAAUUGAAGGAUGAGCUCUUCUGUAUCAGAUUUGCGUCUGUUGAGAAUUGCAAAACCUUCAUGGAGAAGGUGCAAGAGGUGGCUGAAAGUCAGGGGAAAACAGAAGAGAGCAAAGAGGCUGCAGAUGCUGCUGGACUACUUGAGAAGUUGAGUGUGGCUGAUGCUAAAACUGGUGGUAAAGAAAAGGAAGAGGCGCCUGUUGAAGCAAAGGAGCAUAGUGAAGCUGAAGGCGAGAAAGCAAAAGGAGAUGGAAAAAAGGAAGAUGAAGUUGCAUCAUCAGCAUAGACAAGAAAGGAUCUUUAGUCCGUCUUGCUGCAGCUUUGCUAUCAGCACAGACUUGGUUGGUUUUGAGUGCUUACUGGAUGUUAUUUUUCCCCCAACUUAUGCGGAUUUGUUGGCAUAUAUACACGGUUUAUCAAUUAUUUCGGAAUUGGCGGAUGGCUUUUGUUUCUAUCUUGGUCAUUUUGGGCUUGUAAUUUAUAGAGUAUCAGUCUUAGUUCAUAGUUCUUGGUAAAAAUCCGGGAGAAUAUAGCAUGGGAGAGUGUUUGUUGACAGUUAAAACUUUUAUGUUGCUUUCCUCUUUGAAUCAGAUUUGGUUCGUUUGUGAAAGAA